UUGAGGCUGCUGGGGAGGAAAGGAAAGCCCUGGCUGUGAUGCCGCUGGAUGAUGGCUGCUUUCGGGAUCCUAAGUUACGAACACCGGCCAUUAAAGCGGCCCAGGCUCGGCCCUCCAGACGUUUAUCCUCAAGAUCCGAAGCAGAAAGAGGAUGAGCUAACUGCACUAAAUGUGAAGCAAGGAUUCAAUAACCAACCAGCUGUAUCUGGUGAUGAACACGGCAGUGCUAAAAAUGUCAACUUCAACCCAUCGAAGAUCAGUUCAAACUUCAGCAGCAUCAUUGCAGAGAAGCUGCGUUACAACACGUUUCUAGACACAGGGAAGCGUAAGCCACAGGUCAACCAGAAGGAUAAUUUCUGGCUUGUCACAGCAAGGUCACAGAGCUCCAUCAAUAACUGGUUCACGGAUUUAGCUGGAACUAAACCUCUAACACAGCUGGCUAAAAAGGUUCCCAUCUUUAGCAAAAAGGAGGAGGUUUUUGGAUACUUGGCCAAGUACUUAGUCCCUGUCAUGCGUUCAGCAUGGAUGAUUAAGAUGACUUGUGCUUACCACGCAGCCAUCACAGAAACUAAAGUCAAGAAGAGGCAUGUGAUUGAUCCUUGUAUAGAAUGGACUCAAAUUAUUACUAAGUACCUAUGGGAGCAGCUUCAGAAGGUGGCCGAAUUUUACAGACAGUUUCCAGGUCAAGGCUGUAGCUCGCCCCUACCAGCCACUCCUGCUGAUGUGGAGAUCGCCAUGAAGCAGUGGGAAUACAAUGAGAAACUAGCCAUGUUCAUGUUUCAGGAUGGUAUGCUGGACAGACAUGAGUUCCUGACAUGGGUGCUGGAAUGUUUUGAGAAGGUGCGACCCGGUGAAGACGAGCUUCUCAGACUUCUCCUGCCCCUUUUACUACAGUACUCGGGGGAAUUUGUACAGUCAGCUUACUUGUCACGGAGGCUGGCUUACUUCUGCACACGCCGCCUCAAUCUGUUGCUAAGCGACGGGAGCCUGGGCCCCGGCACAGGAGGGCAUCCAGCCCAUGGCAUCUUGGCACAGCAAGGUAAUGCCCUGCCCCCAACCCCAACCUCGCAGCCGGCAGGAGGGAACCAGCCCCAGACACCAUUCACAGACUUCUACAUCUGCCCUCAGCACAGGCCUCUGGUGUUCGGGCUCAGCUGCAUGUUACAGAGCAUAGCGUUGUGUUGUCCUAGUGCUCUGGUGUGGCAUUACUCCCUAACAGACAGCAGAAACAAAACUGGUUCACCUCUGGACCUCCUGCCCAUCGCCCCAUCCAGCUUACCAAUGCCAGGGGGCAAUACUGCCUUUACACAACAGGUCCGUACAAAGUUGAGAGAGAUUGAAGAACAAGUUAAGGAGCGAGGCCAGGCAGUGGAGUUCAGGUGGUCGUUUGACAAGUGUCAGGAAACCACAGCAGGGUUCACUAUUGGGAGGGUUCUCCACACCCUGGAGGUUUUAGACAACCACAGCUUUGAGAAGUCUGACUUCAACAACUCACUGGAUUCGCUGUACAACCGAAUAUUUGGGUCAGGCCAGAGUAAAGAUGGCCAUGAGAUGUCCCCAGACGAUGAUGCGGUGGUGACCUUGCUUUGCGAAUGGGCAGUGUGCUGUAAGCGUUCUGGCAGACACAGGGCCAUGGUUGUAGCCAAGCUGCUAGAAAAGAGACAGGCCGAAAUAGAAGCAGAGAGGUGUGGUGAAUCGGAGGUGGUGGAUGAGAAGGGCUCUGUGUCGUCCGGCUCCCUCUCAGCUGCCACACUACCAAUCUUUCAGGAUGUGCUGCUACAGUUCCUCGACACUCAGGCCCCCACGCUGACGGAGCCUGGGAAUGAAAACGAACGAGUGGAGUUCUCCAAUCUGGUCCUGCUCUUCUGCGAGCUCAUCCGUCACGACGUCUUUUCCCACAACAUCUACAUGUGCACACUCAUUUCCCGUGGUGACCUGGCUUCUGACUCCCACCUGCCGCGCCCGCGCUCCCCCAGCGAUGAGCCCUCUGAUGAGUCGGAGCGCAAGGAGCAGGAGGCAGGCGGCAGUGGCAAGAACGAGGAUACCGGCCUGUCAGAGUCGAUGGAAAUCGAUCACAACUCCAGUGCAAAUUUUGACGAGAUGUUUUCUCCUCCGAUGCACUGUGAGACUAAGGGGAGCCCCUCUCCUGAGAAGCCAGCUCCAGAGCAGGACAGCAAGACCAGCUGUAAGGACAAGGGAAUGGACCCUGCCUUCCCACAACUGUAUGAGCAACCUCGCCACAUUCAGUAUGCCACUCACUUCCCUAUUCCUCAGGAGGAGAGCGCCAGCCAUGAGUGCAACCAGCGAUUAGUGGUCCUCUAUGGUGUGGGCAAACUGAGAGAUGAGGCUCGACACACCAUCAAGAAAAUUACCAAAGACAUCUUGAAGGUGCUCAACCGCAAAAGCACAGCAGAGACAGGAGGGGAGGAAGGACAAAAGAGGAAAAGGAGUAAGCCUGAGGCCUUUCCCACUGCAGAAGAUAUCUUCUCUAAAUUCCAGCACCUCUCCCACUUUGACCAGCACCAAGUCACCUCCCAGGUGUCCCGAAAUGUGCUGGAACAGAUCACCAGCUUUGCCUUAGGGAGGUCUUAUCACCUGCCUCUCGUCCAGCACAUUCAGUUCAUCUUUGACCUCAUGGAGUACUCCCUCAACAUUAGUGGCCUCAUAGACUUUGCUAUUCAGCUUCUGAAUGAGUUGAGUCUGGUGGAAGCCGAGCUGCUGCUGAAGUCGUCCAGCCUGGUGGGCAGCUACACCACUAGCCUGUGUCUGUGUAUUGUAGCUGUGCUGAGGAGGUACCACUCCUGCCUCAUUCUCAAUCCUGAUCAGACAGCGCAAGUUUUUGAUGGGUUGCGCGUCGUGGUGAAACCAGGUGUGAACCCUGCAGACUGUUCCUCUGCUGAACGCUGUAUCUUGGCCUACCUGUAUGACCUCUAUACUUCCUGCAGUCACCUCAAGAACAAGUUUGGCGAGAUCUUCAGUGAGUUCUGCUCUAAAGUGAAAAACUUCAUCUACUGCAACAUCGACCCAUCAGACUCCAACAUGCUUUGGGAUCCUGUGUUCAUGAUGGAGGCCAUUGCCAACCCCUCGGCCCACAACUUCAAUCACUCCAUGGUGGGCAAGAUUCUCAACGACAGCCCAGCCAACCGCUACAGCUUCGUCUGUAAUGUGCUCAUGGAUGUGUGUGUGGACCACAGAGACCCUGAGAGGGUGAACGAUAUUGGGAUCCUGUGUGCCGAGCUGACUGCGUACUGUCGCUCCCUGAGCGCUGAGUGGCUCGGCAUCCUCAAGGCUCUCUGCUGCUCCUCUAACAAUGGCAACUGUGGCUUCAAUGAUUUGCUGUGUAACGUAGAUGUAAGUUGUAGUUUCUUACACCAGUACGCGCAUGCCCAGU